AUGUAUUUCAACCAAAGGGUAGCGGUUAAUGAGGUUUUGACCUCCUUGAGAGAUGCUGCUCUGCAGGACAAAUUCGGAGUCUUUAGAGUCGAUCCAGGGUCUAUCAAACAAAUUUCCUCCCCCACCGCACAAGGCCCUGAAGAAUGCAACCGUUCAUGCAAAGACGUCAUGUUUGCAGCCAUAAUUGGAGUCCUUGCGUUUCUUUUUGUGCUUCUUAUACUAAUUUACAUAGUGUGGCUGUUCAGGAGAAGCCCCGAAGAAUGCAACCGUUCAUGCAAAGACGUCAUGUUUGCAGCCAUAAUUGGAGUCCUUGCGUUUCUUGUUGUGCUUCUUAUAAUAAUUUACAUAGUGUGGCUGCUCAGGAGAAGUGAUGUUGGAAAAAAUAGGAAUUAUGAAGAUGAAGAGGGUGUUUAUGAUAAUGACGUGACAUUAAGAGAGUUCGAACCAAGCCGCCCUGAUUCAACCAAACUCACCCAGCCUCCUGUAGAGUACAUGAAUCUCAAAGAAGCCAGCAGAGGCCACAUUAAGAUGCAAAACGCAGGCCCAGGUACUGAUUACGCGCCUUUACGUCCAAUCACACGCUCUUGGGAAGUUCUGAGGGAUCACGUGACUAUUGAAAAAAUCAUUGGUAAAGGUGCUUUUGGCCAAGUUGCCAAGGGAACUGCAGUGGGACUUCGAGGGAGGCCCGGAACGACUACAGUGGCUAUUAAGAUGCUCAAAUUUAAUGCUGCAGAAUCGGAGAAAAGAUAUUUGAUGAAAGAACUUGAGACGAUGAAGCAGCUGAAACCCCAUCCUCACGUCAUUAAACUUCUUGGAUGUGUCACAGAAUCUGAGCCACUCCUAGUACUGAUCGAGUAUGUUCCCUUCGGAGAUCUGCUAGGUUACCUGAGAAAGAGCCGUGGAUUAAACGACACCUACUACAAUGACCCGGAUAUUAAACCACAAACAAAUCUGACGUCGCAGCAGCUGAUAACGUUUGCUUGGCAAAUCGCCGAUGGAAUGAAUUACUUGUCAUCGAAAUCUGGUCGUCUUCCAGUGAAGUGGACAGCCUAUGAAGCGUUGUUGUAUGGCACUUAUACCACAAAGAGUGACGUAUGGAGUUAUGGAGUUGUCCUUUACGAGAUUUUCACUAUAGGCGGUUCACCAUAUCCACGGAUGGAUAGGAGAAAAAUUGCAAACUUACUUCAAAAGGGGUACAGAAUGCCCAAACCCCAACAUGUGGAUGAUGCGUUGUACCAGCUCAUGAUGAGAUGCUGGCAAAAUGACGCGGAUGCGAGGCCAACAUUCACUGAAUUGAAAAAUCAGCUUAAAGACAUGAAGAUGCUGCAGAAGAGGCUGAUCAACAUGAAAAUGUACGACAAUGAACUGUAUGACGACGUCGAGAAUUCGGCAGUGUAGUAGUUUACACAUCCUGAGAGUUUUGGAGGUCAACUGUUUGAAGGCCUCGCUACGAUAGUGAAUCGUUUGGACGAUCUUCUUUUGAAGAAUAAGUUUCAUGUAGCAGCAGAAAAUGCAUCUUAAAAUAACAGAAAAACGACGAAAACAAGGAUUAAAAAUAAGCACUAAUAAAAGAUUUACGAAAGUUGUCCAAACAUUA